CAGCGGGAACACCUUUUACUUGCUAUCAUGGUUGGGCUUUCUGUGGAAUGGGCUUUGGAAAAUAACCCGACUUGGAAACAGUUCGUGAGAGGGGUACUUGAAUAAUCGAAUCGGCGGUAAUUGAUGGAGUAGUAUUUUUGAGAUCGAGUGAAAUUCUGGUUUGUUAAGAAUGGGAGUGAUGGAUGUGUGGGAGCCAAAUCCAGCACUGUGUUUAUUCUUCUUCAUAUCAUGUUGCCUCUCAAUCUACUAUUUGCCUAACACCACCAGAAGUUCUCCCGUCUUUGAUCACGCCCCUUCCUCUUCUUUCAUUCGUUUCCACAGAAGUUUCCUCUUACUCUUUUCUCUUUCUUCAGUGAUGGAAGGCUUGCUGGCAGUGUUUGGAGAGUAUGAACUGGUGUACCAUGGUGUUAGUAGGGAGCAGAUGGUCAUCUCUCUAUGUAUUGGAUAUGCAGCUGCUCUCUUUGUUGGUACCUUUUUGGGCAUGCUCUCAGAUUUGAUUGGCCAGAGAAAAGUCUGCUUGUUAUUCUGCUUGCUGCAUCUUUUUGUUGCCAUAUGGAGGAUGGUUACUGGACAUCCAAGUGUUUGGCUCGCUAGCAUCUGUCUCUCUCUCGCCUCUACGAUAUUCUUCUUCAACUUUGAGACAUGGAUGGUUGUUGAGCAUGAUAAGCUUGAGCAGAGGCAGGAUUCAGUGAAUGAUAUGUUUUGGUUAAUGACUUUUCUUCAAUCUGCAUCUUUCAUUGGAAGCCAAGUGGUUGGUAACUGGUUAAUUAGUGGUCAUGAAAAGACAAAUUUGCUUGCUCCAUCCAGUGCAGUGGUAAUAAUGGCUUUUAGUGCUCUGGCUUAUGUCAGCCGAGGAUGGAAGGAAGAUCCAAAAUCAAUUACUUUUAAAGAUUAUCAGACUAAAUUUCGUACAUACAUAGUCGGUGAUAAAAGGGUUUGGCUUUUGUCAUGGACCCAAGCUACUGUCCACUUCUCAGUUGCAGUAUUUUGGUUUAUUUGGGCUCCAACCGUUGUGGCAGAUGGGAGAGAAGUUUUCCUCGGUUUGAUAUACCCCUGUUUACUUGGUGCGAAAAUGCUUGGAAGCACUGCAUUUGCCUGGUUCUUCAGUGUCCCUUUAUCACUCCGAACAGAUGAGUGCUUAGUAUAUGCCUGUCUUAUUAUGGGCUUCGUCACUUCCAUUGUAGCUUUUGAUUAUCAGGACAUCGAAAUUCUUGUGAUGCUAUUCUGCAUAUUUCAUGCUUGUGUGGGAUUGGUUUUGCCUUCACUUGCCAGAUUGAGAACCAUGUAUGUGCCUAAUGAGGUUCGUGGAGGAAUGAUGUGUUUAUCGAUAGCUCCUUCAAAUGCGCUGAUGUUGUUCCUUCUGAUUCAGGCAUGUUUCUACCAAAAUAUAGAAAAUUCAACAAUUAUAGCUAUGGCCGCUCUUGGCCUUUUUUCUGCAGCUGGAUGCCUGUAUAUGUUAAAGCGGCUCGGGAAGCAACCACAUCAGAACUGGCACAAAUUAUGACCUGUCCCAUAAUUUUGAAACUCUUCUAUUCAUGUGGGUGGAUCCUGUAGCUGUAUAUAACUGGCCGGUUAGUUUAAAGAUAAAGAAACUGUAGCCUUGGAACGUGAUGAUGGGUGCAAAUUAAGCAACAUGCUCUCUCUGCAAAUGGAAAAUCAAGAAAGAGAUAUAGCCGAUUUCAUCAAUCUAUUAUUCUCACAUUGCUUAAGUAAUGAGGUCCCGUGAGAGAUCUCACUAUGGAGUCCAACUUUUCUUUCGAGAUACUUUGCAGAUUGAUGCCUUGAGAAUGCUAAAUGGACAUUUUGUUUCUACUAAGUUUUGGGAAGAAGCAUAAUAUCAGAGGAGCAACGGAAUGCACGGUGGCUUGGUUUGCAUUAUUUAACAGCUCUUCGGAAUUGUGAUGACCAGUGGAAAGUCUAGUUUCAUAUUCACAAAUCACCAAAUAGUAAGAUGGGUUUUCUCUUUACUUCUUUUUUCAUUUAUUUUUUAAACAGACGUACAGGAUCACUGGAUCAGAUCCUUGUAGUGUGUCCUCCAAUUAUUUAGUUGGAUUGCAGAUAUUUUAUAAUUUGAAGAAUGAUUACGUAA